ACUCAAGAAGUAUUAAUGGGGCAGUACAGUAUGUUUUUUGUUAUUCAAAAUGUAUUUUGUUGGCCUUACUAAUUCAAAUGUCUUAGAAAUGACUUCUAUGUUUUAAUCAGCUGUAAGGCACAAACCUAAACAAAAGUAAUUGAUUGAAAUGUGCCCCUCUGUAUGUUUCACUUUUAAAGAUAUUGAUUAUGCACGUUUAUCAAGGUUGUACAUGCAACUGGAAACUGCUUUGCUUCAUUUUUAUUUAUUAUUUUUUUACUCUCUUUGUAGAACUACUCUUCCUUUGCCAGGUACAUGAAUCACAUUACGCCAUCGGAUGCUCUUGUUCUUCUUUGUCUAUUUAAUUCAACGACGGUGAGACUUCUCAGUGAAGACAAUUUAAUUUCUCUGAUCUGUUUCAGAUUUGUUUGGACACACGCUGCGUUGAAAGGAGACACAAAAAUGCUGAGUCGAAAAGAGCCGUUUGGUGGUGUGAGCAGUCGCUGUCUGUAAUUUUCCAUUUGUAUGCAUAUUUAAUGAGAGCAGACAAAGCAAUCACAGCCAGACAGCGCAGACAAACGGGAAUGAACCGAAACCUCCUUUGUUCCUAAAAUGCAACGUACCUGGUUUCAUUCCGUGUGUGAGGAUGUCUCCUUUAACAAAAUAAAAAUAAAAAAUUCACACAUUUUUAGAUUGUCCUAUGUGUAGCUCUAUCCCAUAAACACACAAAGCCUCUGAAAGCCUCUCUUGAUGAUCUCAGAGCGAUUAAUGUAAGCAUAUAUAUAUAAACUAAUAAAACAAAAUGGAUUAAAGUCAGCAGAAAUCAGCCUCGCCCUCUGAUCAAUACUUACACAAAGGUCCAGCACUGUGAGCCAAACAGCAGCAGCACAAAAACUUGCAGCCCUGCGUGUCGUUAUAAUUUCAAUCGUAUGCAGCCGGUGUGCAGGGAAAAAAAAAAAAAAAAAAAAAGCUAUUCACCUUUUCACUGCAGAUCAUGUGAACAGAACUCAGACUUAAUCAAGUCCAACACACGCCUCGCUUUGUCCAGGCGUCAGCAGUGUGAAGUGGUGAAGUGACAGAGACAUCGUCUGUCGUGUUUCCGAGUCCGUCCUCCUAUUUAAUCAGUUUAAUCGAAUUUGUUGUGUUUUUAAACAAGGAGGAAGUCAGAUUUCAUUUGAAAGCCCAAAAAUAUCUAAUUGUCUCAGAUGAAGCUGUCCACAAAUUGCGAAGAUUAAACCAUCACCGAAUAAGAAAGGAAAAAGUAGAUCCUCGAGAAGUCUUAAGAUAAGUCCUCUUUUAUGGCAUAAUCCUAAUCCAGGAAUGCUUGGAAAUCUCAAUCUCUAAUAGCUUUAUGAUAAUUUCUCCUUCACUCUGUAAUGAUGAUCAAGGCUAACAGUCCGUAACUUCUUAACUCGUGUUUCAGUGACAAACUUUUCCAAGGGAUCAAAUAAGUCCAACAGAGGUUCAUUUCUCUUAAACACUCUUGAUAAAGACAAAGACGCAACAUGAGUAAGGUAGAUAUAUAUUUUCAUAAAUGAUUAGCUUUUUUCUUUGCUACAAGAGUGAUAUUUAGACAUUUUAAAACAGCUGGAGCUGUGAUGAAAGAGGCUGGAUAAACACAAUAAGCAGGACUGUGGUUCAAAAUAAAAAUACAAAUCUCUGAAGCAAAACGGCAUCCUGUUGCAACCGAGUCGCCUCAACAAUCGUGAGAUGCUAUCUACAUGCAAAAUCGAUUCGGUGGGUAACCAUGGUAACCUUUCAGAAGUGGCAUCAUUCAUCUUUCCAAAUAGGACAUUUUUAAACAACAUGAUCCGGCGACCUCCGUUAGAAGACUCAGCACGGAUCAUUACCGGGCUUCUCAACAGAAUAACGAUCCAAAACACGUGGCCAGAGCAACGCAGGCCCACUUCACCACACACAGGAUCAGCUUAGCCUCUCAGAACUGAGAAACGCGGCAGCGAUUGUGGAAGGUGCUGCUUUUCGUUGAGUUGGUGUAAGGAGAUUUAGGUCAAACAGACUGACUAUAACCUCUUUCAGUGUGAGAGAAUUAGCUGCACCGGAUCUUCAGAUCUCCAGUUACUUGAAGUGACUCUUUAUUGGGAAGUGUUGGUGUAACGUUGUCAGUGUUGCUCCCCCUCUUCCACUUCCUGCAGAAAGAGUUGGCCUGAAUUCAUAAUGAAGCUGCAUCUUUUGAUUCUCCACAUAUCAUGUUUCGGUUUAUGCUGUCGUGAUGUUUCGGCGAGACGGAAACAAAAUGAAAGGCAAUUUAUUUCCCAAGAGUUUUCGUUUUUGUCCGCGGGUUCGUCAGAGAUUUCUCCCCGGCGUAACGUUCCGGAUGGUCCGGACUGCAUCUUAUUGUGAUAAUCUAAUCCCAGAUUUAUCACGGCCCAUAAGCUUCCACAUUUUGAAGCAAAGAGCAUUUCACACUGCAUCUCCAAACAGGAUUACAAAAUAUGCAACCAUAAUCCGGCAGCAUUGCUCCCACUCUUAACUCAUCCAUCUGGCAUCGCCAGUGUCAGGCGUUCAACCUUCAUUAAAUUCUGAAUCAAAUUAAAUGGGCAGUCGAUCAUGUGCUCGUCACAGUGCUUCAGCAACUUGCAAAGGUUCUUACGCCCCUACAACUUUUGGUAACACUUUAUUUGACGGGGUGUGCAUAAGACUGACAUGGCGGUGUCAUAAAAAAGACACAACACCCGUUAUCAUGAAGGAGUCUUCAUGAAAUGUUUACGACUGCUGUCAUGAAGUGUCAGUUGUAAAUAAUGACACUUUCAAUGCAAAGUUGUACUAAAGCUUGCGUUAAAAGUGUCAACUUUGCACUGAAAGUUUCAUUAUUUAUCGAAUGGCACUUCAUGACGACGGUCAGACAUUCACGAAGACUCCUUCAUGUUCAUACCAGGUGUUACGUCAUGUUUAUGGCAGUAUUAUGUCGGUAUUAUGCACAUCCCUUCAAAUAAAGUGUUACCAAACGUUGUCGCAUAACUUCCUCAAACUUUAACUUGGGCUGCUUUAUUUGGAUUGUAUGAAAUAGACUAAAACAAAAAUAAAAUCGCAUUUGUUUCUAUUUUAGUAACAUUGACUAUCGAUGUUAAUAAAGCAUUAACAUUGCUUUAUGAAUGUUAAUAAAGCAAUGUUAUGGUAAUACCUUGUAUUAUGGUGCUAUAAGCCGUUGUUUUUAAUUUUUCCACAUGUAAAAAGCAUGGUGGGCAGAUGUUUUCAGUUCUCUUUACUCUGACAAUCAAAAAUUAAAUCCAGCCACGACCAGUUGCUAUUGGACGUCACUCUGCUGCUAAAUAGAGUUGAACUGUAUGUAAUUUUAGCUCAAUAUAAAUCCAACUGUUCUCUGAAGUCCUCAGAGGUUUGGUAGAGAACAUUAAAGAACAAACAUCAUGAUAAAUAUUAGUUGAAAUGUCCACAAAUUGGGCCUUAACAGAAUGUGGGAGGCAGAGACAAUGGAGAUUUCUGGGUGACAUGCCAAAUGUUUGGUUUCAGGAAUCUAAUACUGAUAAUCACCCUGAAUGCCUCCUGGAGAAACACGGUGGUGGCAGCAUGAUGUGGUGGGGAAGCUGUUAUUUUCAGCGGGGACAGAGAAGCUGGCCAAAGUGGAUGGGAAGGCGGAUGGAGCCAAAUAGGGCAGCCCUGGAAGAAACCUUGCCAGAGGUUGAAAAAGACUUGAGAGCAGGUUUACUUUCCAACUGGGCAACAACAAAGAACCAGGACUACAAUAAAGUUAUUUGGAUCUAAGCAGAGCUGUUAGAAUGAAUCGUUGGUACUACAAAUCACAGAAACUCUCCAGCUAACAUCACUGAACUUCAGGUCCUCAGUAACGAAGAAUAGUUGGUCUUUACAUGAUAGAGAAAUAAAGCUAAAGUUUUGUAAUUACAGCAAGAAAUGUGUCUAUAUGGCAAUAACUCACGUAGGCUGUAUGAGAAUGCGUGACAUAUGCGUCCCACCUCAACAUUACUUUGUGUUGUUCUGUCACACACCGUCCCACACAAGUUCACCUGAGCUUGUGAUUGUAAUGUGGUAAACUUCAAGGGCUGUGAACCCUCCUCAUGCAAGGCCAUGUAUCCGGCUGACUGAUUUUAUGAAGUCAUAUAUGUCAGGGAUGGGACAAUAGUGAUAUAACUGCUUUUCAAUUAGCAGCCCGUCUCUUAUUGCCCCCCGGUUGUCUCAGCUGUGAAUACACUGCAGAGUUGUUAAUGAAUGUGAACAGCAAGGACUCCCAGGUGACCCGCUGGUGCUGCGGAGUGAUAAUGAAAAGGGCGGGCACCUUGGAGGAACUCGUCCACGCCGCUGCUUUCCCCCCCCCCGCAAUUAUUCAUUCAUCGGAGGUGGUGUGAAGAGCGCUUGAUGUUUGCUCAGUCAGCCAGCUGAGCAUGUUGAUUCUCUGAACUCGGAGAUGAGAGGGGCGCCCACAUCUACAGGGAGCUCUGGGAACAUCACCGUUUGGGGGGCCUACGUUGACUUCGCCCUCGUGGUGACAAACAGUUUUGUUCUGCUAAUCACCUCCGCUGUGGGAACGGCGGCGAACCUCUUCGUGAUCCUGGCGGUGUGUCGCCAGAAGUCGCUGCAAACGUCUGUCAAUGCGCCGGUGGUGAACCUCGCCGUCGUGGACUUUCUGCGCUGCACCGUCGACUGCCCGGUUCUGCUGCAUGUCAUCGUGACCCUGCACCGCGGAGGGCAUGUGGACCGUCUGAUCUGCGACACGCAAACGGCCUCCUUCUCCUUCAGCUGCUGCAUCCAGCUGUCGACGCUGGGCUGCAUAAGCGCGGAGAGGUACCAGGCGAUUGCGAAUCCCUUCAAAACAACUCAGAGAAAACGACGGAUGAUGGCACUGAUUCCUCUUACGUGGCUCCUGGGAGUUUCACUGGCUGCCGUUUGUCAGGUGUUCUUGAAAGACUCACCUGUGUAUGUAAGAUGUAAAGAGGGCCAAAGAGGAGCGUCCUCGACCUACGACACCGUUGGUCUCUACGUGCUGCUCCCUCUCUGGGUGUCCUGUUUCGGGGUGAUCACUGGCUUCUACGCUCGCAUUUUUGCUCUACUGAGAUCACACAAUCGCAAGAUAUUUGACGAAGGCACUUCUGUUCCUUCAAAAGACUCAAAAGAAGACAAGCACACCCCUGCAGUGCAAAAUGGGCAAGACAAAUGUGAGAACAAGCAGAUCCUGAGUACAAGUGUUGUUGAAUCAAGUAGAAUUGGUAAAAAUUCCCUCCUGACCUCGCAGGUCGCCCCACAGAGCGCCUCCAUUAGUCCUGAGAGAAAACCUGGGUUUAAAAUUACAGUAGAGAUGAGUCACUUGGAGAAGGAGCAACUCCACCCUCUUGCAGCGCCGGACGCACUGCAGACUGUGGAGAAAACGUUAAAAACGGAGCAAAGCAGAGCUGACAAAACAGAAGCAACAGCCUCAAAUCAGGAUAGGUCUGCUGACAGAGAGACGCAGGAGAAGUCAAAAAGCCUUAACCGAGAAAAUCAGACCGGAGAAAGCCCGAAACCUGAAAGUCCAGUCAAAGAGAACAGCCUCCUUAUUGUACCAUCUACUCAGUUAGAGCUCCCUAAAUCUACCUCUGUCUUAUUGACUGGCCCAAAACAAGAAAACAGCACCGGAGGAGAAACACAGGCAGCGCCUACGCUAGAUCAAGAGCCUCCACUGCCUUCUGUCCAAAGUAAUGGAGCCGUAAACCAGGAGGUCCAGUUGGAGGGGGCUGUCUGCGUCAUGCCUUCGAAGGCCAGCAAGGAGAGAGCGAGGAAAAGGAAGGAAACUAAAAUGGCCAAACGCGCCGGGUAUAUCAUCAUAACCUUCCUUUUGUUCUGGCUGCCGCUGAUCACAACCAUCUUGGUGAAUUUUCUUGUCCACAAAAACAGAGAAAUGCAGACGCCAGUCAUUCAAGACAUGGGGAUCCUGUCGGUGUCUGUCUCCUGCAUCACGUCCCUGAGCGACCCGAUAAUAUACGCUGCAGUGAACCCGCAGUUUCGCUCAGAGUUUUACAAGCUAAGAAGCUGGGUUAAAUCCAGAUUCUGUAGGAAGUGAGAACAUCUCUGACUUUUACACUCUGAUAAAACUGGAUGCACACAUUUGGAUUUAUGGCCCCUUUAAAAGUGUGAUUUAGUUCACAUAUGGUCAAUUUACAGCGACAAACACCAAAGUGUUUGAUGAGGACGUUGGCUGAUUGGCUAAACUGUGGAGUGAAAGACGACUUGGAUCAUAAAUGUGAUUUAUUUGCUAAUUUUGGGAUGAAAAUACAAACAUGUGGACUAUAAUUACUGUUCAGGAGAUUAUAAAUUGUAUUUGUAAAUUGGAUUGGAUUUAGGGGUACUGCAUUAAAAGGAGGCAAAAUAAAAAUUCACAACAGUUUUUAUCCAUCUUCUGAGAAUUACUGCUAACUUUACAAAUAAACAACUCUGCGUUGGCUUGUCACAGAAAAUCUAAAUAAGACACAUUGAAGUUUUACAGUUUCCAACUAGAGAUACAUCAGUAAAUGAGCCUGAGAUCAGAGUCGUCAAAUUUGUCCUUUCUGAUAGAAUUCAUGGUUUUUUUCAGUAAGUGGUUAAACAUAAAAUAGAUCUUAUUUUGUCAUAUUCAAUAAUUGCACCGAAACUAAUAAUUUUCUGUAAGCACAUCAGGAACCAUUUUGAGUUUCAUUAAAACCUGAUGAUGAUGAUGAUACACAUUUGUCAAAAAAAUCUCGUCAUUCCUACGUUUACUCUUGAAAACGGAACCUUCAAAACAGUUUUCUUUUUUUUUACUUACAUGUUUUAUAUUCUCUAGAAAACAAAAUCUGUCAAAUGAAAGAGCAGAAGGUCAGACCUUAAAGGUCGGUAUCGGUGAGUAGAAACGUCCAGUUGUAACAUGACAAAAUAUGAAGGAGUUAGCAGUGGAGAAACGGUUUUUUUAAAGGCACAGUGUUACACAUCUGAUGUAACUGAUUAAAAAAUAAAAACUAGUCUAAGUCCCUUUUGUAAGGGGAUUUA